UAUUAUGAUAUUAUGAUAUACGUGCUCUGAUUCAAGUGUUGGUAUGUCAACUUCUUUGCACAUUUGGAAAAUUGUUCGAGAUGAAAAACGUCAUGAGGAAAUAUAAUAUUACGAAAAAUAUUUAAAUAAAAAGAAAUGAAGUACUUUAAGCUGUGAUUAAUAAACGGAAAAAAGUGUAGUAAUUAAAUAGUAUAUGUAGCGCUACCGUGGAGGUAAUUCAACUGAAAGGCUUUGCGAAUCUUUCUAGUAUUGUCAAAUAGGUACACAAAAAACUUUCCAGCUGGUGCGAUUUGUGAAGUUGGUGCUUCAAUAUUUCAUGCGAUAAAUUAAGUGGAAUAACCACAAAAUAUAAGGCAUUGAACUCGUUGAUUACUUGAAAAAUCAUUUGAUUCGGUCUUGUUGCUAAAAAUCACUGUGUAUAUAUAAUAAAUUGUCCGUUCCCCUUUCCUAACGUGGCCAAAACUCGAUAAGGUGAGCGUGAUAUGAAUUCGGUUUUGAUGACGCAUUCACGAUAAUAAACUGAGGUGCAGCUCAAGUAUUUUGAAACACAUUAACUUUUAAUACAAUAAAAUUGAUAAGGCAUGGCAGGGAUUCCCGCAAUACCGCCGCUACUUUGCAACACUCCGCCGCCAAUAGAUUUUGGUGAAGAGGAUGACGAUUCCGGUUUGCCGCCCACGUUAACUCUCGAAGAUGAAGAUGAUUAUGGUGAUUUUGCGUUGGGUACAGACAUAAAUGAAGAUACAACCAAUGCCGAAGUAUCUUCGUUACCUCGCACACCGUUACAGUUUGAGCUAAGUUCAUCGACGACCAGUGGAUUUACGGAUAUCCCACCCGCUUUGGAAGAUUGUGGCGCUAUAUCAUUAUCUUCUUCCGAAUUAAACAAUUCUAUAGCAAAUGAAGAUGUCAAAACAACACAGACUCAGCUAAACGAAGCGUUUAAUUAUAACGUAACACAGACAUUUUCAGCCAAUAGCACCCAAACGACAGAUGCUAUAGGAGAACUAAAACAUAUUAGUAAUUCAGAUAUACCUUCGACGCAUCAUAAUAUGACUGAUAAUAAACAGUUAGAUUUUGAUGUUAACGAAGCGAAAGUAACUACAAUUACAUGUACUACCCAAAAUCAAUCUCCUACCAUUACAGCGAACUUUGCUGAAAUUACAACUAAACAAGAUAGUCAAAUUGAAGAUUGUAAUAUAGCAACAAAUGAGCUGGAAAUUGAAGUAAAAACGAAUUUCACGACAAUAAAUCCAAAAAACCCUCCCCCAUUAACUGGCCUGGUGGUACUAGAAGAUUUAGCUGAUGAUAGUAGCGAUGAUGAGUGUUACCGUUCCCCCAAAAAAUCCCCCAUAUCCCCAACGACAACUCUGGAGAGCAAUGUUGAUAAUGAUUCGGAAGAUUUUUUUGCAAUUCACGUUCUUAAAACACCGCCUUCAACAAAAGAAGAUACAUUUUCAUCGCUUGCUGAUGAUAUAAAUAAGAAUAACUCUUUAAAUCGCAAUAAUAAUAUCUCGAAUGAUUUACCGCAAACUGAAAGUGCAAAUUUAAAUAGUCCAGAAGAGCAGGAAGAUGAUUUUGGUGACUUUGCCGAUUUCGAAACGGCAACCAAUUUUAUAAAACCCCCAGAUAAUAACGGUUUAGUUACGUCGGAUUUGAUUACAACAUCAGUAGUUGAUAGCAACGAAAAUGUGCGGGAUAUAGUCGAGCCACCCACGGAUACUGCUAUCGCAGCCGAGGAUAAUGAGGAUGAUUUUGAUGAUUUUCAAAACUUUUCUUCAGCUCCAGCAUCGACACCGACACCGGCUGUUCUACCAAUCAUAUCAGCACCGAAUUCAUUAAGCAUAACAGCAGAAAACAAUAAUACCAAUCCGCAAACGGAACCAUUAAAAAUUGUUAGUUUUGAACCUUUGGGAAAAGUAGUCGAGUCUGAAGCAAACUCGUUCAACAAUGACGACGAUGAUGACUUUGGCGAUUUCGAAGAGGCUUCUUUUGAAACGCCUGCAAGUCAAUUCACCUCUGCCACACCAGUUGUACAAAAACAAACGCCAACAACAAUUACUGCUAAUGGCAAUAUAGGUGAACGUUUGGGGACAGUGCUAAAAAUGAUGUUUCCAACCGAAAUGACAAGUACAGCUGAUGAUAAUGAGUUGGAACAAACAGCAAAAGUCACCAACAAAAUUACCGAUACACUUUCUUUUGAAGCAAUAGAAGCUGCCAAAGCCUUAGAAUUUCAAUGGCCACAAUCCGAAAUGCGACACGCCCUUAUACGUGCGAUCGGCAUUGAUUCGAGAAACAUUCUCUUCGGUGAUAAUUGGAAUCCAUCUAUGCCACGCUUUGCUGCCAAUCUCAGUUUUAAUCCUCUAAAGCCCAUGAAACCACAAACAACCAACGCUGUGCCAAACACAACAUAUGCCGAUGCCGAUUCCAUGCAAUAUAGUAUAAAUACGAGUGGCAGCGCUGUCGAAGCGGACAUGAGCAGCUAUGCGAAGAAAACGGAUGUACCUGAUGUUGAAUUCGAUUGGCAAGGCGCCGGAUUAGUGAAUCCACUUGACGGGUCCAAGGGCGAGACAAACACGCGAGAGACUGAAGCGGUUCAGCCGCCGCCGUCUAUUGCACGGCUUGAUACACCCGAUGACGAGCAUCAAUCGCAUACAACCUUUUCAAACGUCAACAUUUCAGAAACCUUAAGCAAAAACGAUAACGAACUGACGGCAUCGCCAACCAGAGACGCUUGUCCGUCACCAUUAGCACUGGAUAAUGCCGCAUAUCAGUUCACAGCACCCGAAUCAGGCAUUAACAGCAUCAGUAGUAGCACAUCUGCCAGUAGCAUCAGUAACAGCAAACCCUAUGACAAUAGUAAAACUAUGACAACAUUACGUUUGGGCGCAAAUAUCGUCGUUGAUGAUGACGAUGAAACGGUGGUGACAUCCACCUAUGCGGGACCUUUGAAGGAGACACACAUUUAUACACCAUCAAAGACCGACUUGGCGACUACUGUAAAAGCGGGAAAAGCAGCUGUAGGAGGUAGUGAGCCAAUUGAUUUUGACUAUGAAAUUGCUGCGGCAGGUAUCAUCAUCGAUGAGAAAGUGGUGAAGAAAGAGUAUCGCGAUGUGGAGUACAAUCCCGGCUUUAGUUUGGAGGUGGUUGCUGAAUACACUAGUGAGUUACCCAUGGGCGCCCCGCCAACAUUAGAAGGUGAGCCGAGUGCAACGGUAUUGCCAGCGCUGCAAGCACCAGUACAACAACAAACAACCGAAUUCGAUACCGAUGAGUUUACCGAGUUUACGGAGUUUCAAUCAGUGCCACCGCCCCCACAGGCAACUGUGCCUGCAGCAGAUGCAAAUUUUGGCACCAAUUUACCCGCCAGUACAAUAACGUCCAAGUUCUCCGCGGAACUAAAUGUUAAAACGACACUCAAUACCCUUACACCCGUUCUGCCAACAGCAGUUGCCAAAGCAAAGGAAGCUAGCAAUACGCCAAGUCGUAUGAGCUCGCCGUCGAUUGUGGACAAUAUGAUACUCAGUCCAGCCAUACUGUUGCCACAAGCUAUACCCAUCAGCACAAGCAAUACGCCGACAUCAAAGACCACACCAACCAUUGAAUGGGGUGACUCAACCGCCAAUAUCAAUCCCGCUGAAUUGGCGCGUAUUGAAGAGCUCUUCUCACAGCCGAAAAUACCGGCUGCUGCCAAAGAUGUGAACUCUUCACAAAAAACAUCGCCACUACAUACAUAUGCGGAAAAGCAUACGAAGAAUAAUUCGAUCUCUAUAAGCGCUUCAAUAGCGAUGAAGGAGCAGGACUCCACACUCAACGAUGACUACUGGUCGGAGUUUGUGUCGGUGCCGGUGACGCCGCAAUUGCCAAGUAAUGCAAGUCGCCUCAACAACAACAAUAACAACACUAAUAUUAACAUCAAUAACAAAAGCAACAACAACAAUCAACUGGUCAUAACGCCAAAGCGCAUAACCGAUAUGCAUAUCAAUAGUGCCAACAACAGCAAUAACACAAUACGCUCGCCACGUCAUCAACAACAAAGCAUCAACGCCCAACCCACGCCAACGCCACAACAGAAGUCAACUGCGCAUGCGUCCGCAAACAGCGCGCACAUUAGCGCCCGAAGUAAUGCCUACAACAGCAAUAGCAACAGCAACAGCAACGAUGAUGACUGGUCCGAUUUUGUGUCGAGCACACCAACACCUGCAUCAGCUCCUACACAACAACAACAUAUGACAUCUUAUAUGCCCGCCACAAAUGCGCCUCAAUUCAACAGCGCCGCCUGGCAAAACGCCAACUUCUACAAUAAUCCGCUCGGUCUGUACCACCAACAAGCGGUCAUGCAGACACGCACAUCACCCUUAACGCCGCAGCAGCAACAGUUGCAGCUACAGCAACAAAUACAUAUAAUGCAGGAUUUCUCCACAGCACCUAUAACAAACCGUCCACAAAACGCUGUGAUUAACAGCAACUAUGCCAAUAUAAACCAUAUGCAACAUUCCAAUACAUACUCACCACUACAGGUGGGCAGUGCUCGUGUGGCGCCGAGCAUUUCACUAAUACCCGAUUUGGGUUUUGUGGCGCCCGCUUUGCCAGUACAUACCGCUUUCGUCAAUGUGCUGCCGAAGACAAGUUUUAAUAACAAAAAAUGACGUUUAUUAAAUUGCGAGCAGACGCACAAUCGCGGUCGCACAACGCUGGCACAUUCCUAUCGAACGCACUUACCAAACGCUAGUCCCGUUACAGCUGCUGCCACCUCAACCAUUCACGAUAUUCUCACAUAAGAGUCACCUGCAAUGCGUUGUCAUCACAUAACUGAGCUAUUUAUAGGUUAGAGUGGAGUAAUGUGAAGGUGUGUAAUUGGCAAAAUAACGAAAUUGUGUCGCAAGUGUAUAAAAUCCUUUCGAAAACUGCACCAAUCGGCUGAAGCGAAAGGAAUUUUUCUGUUGUUACUUGUAGAUCGUUGCUUAGCUUAUGAAAAUUAGGCCACUGAGUUACAUGAAUGCUAAUGCAUAUGUAUAGUUUGCCUCUCCUCUCAGCUCGUUCCAUAAUUUCUUGCUAAACAAAUUCAAUGUGUUGCGCUUUUUAUAUACUUUGCAGCGUAGAAAGUGUUAAAUAUUUGUUUGAAUGAAGUUUAAACAAAAAAGUAGUGUAAAUAAAAUAUUCUUCCUUUAACGCUUUUGACCUUCGCUGUGGUCACAAGUUUGACUUCCGAUUUUUUUCUAUAUGCUUCGUGAUGUAAUAACUCGAUUUAACCAAAAUUUUCAAAUAUAGCGGUAUUUUUGCGUUUCUCUGAUUUUCUAUAAAUUUCAAAUAUUUUUAUGUUGUUAAAAAAAAAUAGAUAUUGCAAAGUGUUUUAUAAACCCGAACGCUCUGAACAUCGUAUUAUUUUUAAAAACCGUUAUCUAUAUAUAAAUACAUAAAUAUUUUGUCUGAAAAUGUAAAGGCCUCUCAACCCUCUGAACGUAUUUCAAAAUUAUACUACUUUCCAAAACUUUAACCGUUAUCUUGUUUGUAUAACUGUGGCGUGACUACCAAAUGAAGUUGAGAAAUUACGAAUAAAGUGAUAUUUUUACAAUUAUUGGCCUAAUCAAUUCUCUUGACAGUACUCAAAUGAUAUAAAAUCACAAGAGAUAUUCCGUUAUAUUUAGUUAAUUGCAGCAAUUACUAAGUCUAAACAACCAUUAACCCGAACCAGUGAUUAGUUUACGAUAUCGAUUUUAUGCGAGCAGAGCGUGACGUAAUUGAAGAAUUUGCAGUAAAAUAACGGUAUAGUGUGUCAUAUAAUAUGUCCCACUAUUAUGUAUGCUAUCACUAUAUAAGUGCAUACAACAUAUACAAGUAUAAAACUACUUUGUUCAGCUACAUAAAUUUUACAAAAACAACACAAAAAGUCAGCAUUAACAGUGGUGGAUUAGGUAACAUUUAGAUAUGUAGGUAUAUAAAAAAUGGCAUGAUCAUUGAUUAACACAACAAGUAUAUUUAUAGAUUUUUGUUAGCGAACUGUCUACUUAUUUAUCGUGUAUAAUGUUUUGCAACUGAAGACAUCUGUUCAUUGUAUGGUUAAAAAUUUAGGGGAUUAAAUAAUUGUUUGCAUUGUCGUUGUCGUGUAAAUUUUUUGCUAUGUAGUAUGUGUAAAAAAAAAGAAAACAGAAAUAAUAAAUUGAAUGAAACUAUUGGAAAUUAUGUAUUAAAUACAGUUAAUAUAGACACAUUUGUUGCAGGGCAAUUUAGAGAGCUCUACUUAAAUAUAGUACCUAAAUAUUGUAGCCUAUGCAAAAUAAAAGACCAGUAUUCCAUAACAAAAGCAAAAUAAUAAAAACAAAAAAGUAAAUAAAAAAA